AUGACCCAAAUCGACCUGAGCGCAGCCAACACGUUGGAGAAAGUCAGCGAGUUUGCACAGCUGAAUGUCGGGUCGUACUUUAACUUUAUCGGCAUGGGGCGAAAGGGCAACCGCGUGACGGCCAACACGGACGAAUGGCGGGCGAAACUCACAGAUAUGCAAACGAUUCACAUGAAGCGGAAUAAGAUUCCGAUGAUUUUCGGCAUCGAUUCCGUCCACGGCGCCACGUACGUCGACGGGUCGGUGCUGUUUCCGCAGAGCAUCAACACAGCCGCCACAUUCAACCCGGUGCUGGCCCAAGGCCUGGGCAAGUACAUGGCGAGGGACACCAAGGCGGCGGGCAUUCCGUGGAUAUUCGGGCCCACUCUGGACGUGACACGUCACAAGCACUGGCCUCGCGUGUACGAGACCUUUGGGGAAGACCCGACGGUGGUGGCCGACAUGGGCGCAGUCGUGAUCGAGCACAUCCAACAGGAAGGGAUCGCCGCCUGCUUCAAGCACUUCAUCUCGUACUCCGAUCCGACUUCGGGCCUCGACCAAGACAACUCGGAGCUGAGCUCGUACGAAAUCCUCAACUACUUCAUGCCGCCAUUCAAAGCCGCCGUGGAGGCAGACGUGUGGAGUGGCAUGGGGACGUUCAUUGCUUUGAACAAAGUGCCCCUGGCCGCAAACGAGUUGAUGCACAGGGGGCUGCUCCGGGGGGACUUGGGCUUCAAAGGACUCAUGGUCACAGACUACAAUGAGAUCAAUUUGCUCCAAUCCCGGCACCGCGUUGUGAAAACGACGUUGGAGGCCGUGGAGCUGUCUAUGAAUACCACCUCAUACGACAUCAGCAUGGUGCCGAGCGAUGACAGCUUCAUACGAAGCGGCAAGCUCUUGGUGGCUCAAAAUCGGCUGCCCGAGGCGCGGCUACGCGAGUCAGCCUUUCAGAUCAUGAAACUCAAGUUGAAAUUGAACUUGUUCGAUGUACCCGUGCCUGGCGCGGACGUGCCAGCCAGCUCGCUGCGCUAG